CAUAGUUUUUAUUUUGCCUAUAAAAAGAACACAAUAUCGAUUGCAAAUAAUCAAGCAAGCAAAACAGAACAAAAACAAAAACAAAAGAAAGAAACAAAGAAACCUAGUACUAGUAAAAAAAUGGGAGAUUCCAACCUUACAAACCAAUUUAGUGUUGCCUCUGGCAUAGAAACAGAAGACAGUGAUUGUCUUUCCGCAAUGGUACUUACGACCAAUCUUGUUUAUCCAGCUGUGUUGAAUGCUGCUAUUGAUCUCAAUCUAUUUGAGAUUAUUUCUAACGCAACACCCCCCGGCGCUUUCAUCUCCCCAUCACAGAUUGCUUCUCAAUUGCCAUCCUCAAACCAACAUUCGGACUUGUCUAACAGGCUCGACCGAAUGUUGCGUUUGCUCACUAGUUAUUCCCUUCUCACUUCUUCUACUCGGACUGCCGAGGACGGCAGUAUCGAGAGAGUUUACGGACUCACGUCGGUCGGUAAAUACCUUGUCCCCGACGAAAGUAGAGGCUACCUGGCUUCAUUCACUACAUUUCUAUGUUAUCCGGCAUUGUUACAAGUUUGGAUGAAUUUUAAGGAAGCAGUGGUUGAUGAGGACAUUGAUUUGUUCAAGAAAAUUCAUGGAGUGACAAAGUAUGAAUAUAUGGGAGAAGAUAAGAAAAUGAACAAAGUGUUUAACAAGUCAAUGGUUGACGUUUGUGCAACAGAGAUGAAAAGAAUGCUUGAAAUAUACAGUGGAUUGGAGGGAAUAUCAACACUGGUUGAUGUUGGAGGUGGAAGUGGACAAAAUCUGAAAAUGAUAAUAUCCAAAUAUCCAUCCAUAAGGGGAAUCAACUUUGAUCUUCCACAGGUUAUUGAAAAUGCAGCACCAAUUCCAGGUAUCGAACAUGUUGGAGGAGACAUGUUUGAAAGUGUUCCAGAGGGUGAUGCCAUCAUACUAAAGGCAGUGUGUCAUAAUUGGUCAGAUGAAAAAUGCAUACAAUUUUUAAGCAAAUGUCAGAAAGCAUUGUCAGCAAAUGGAAAAGUGAUUGUUGUGGAAUUCAUAUUGCCAGAAGAACCAACCUCAACUCAAGAAUCAAAACUUGUUUCGACUAUUGACAAUCUCAUGUUUAUCACUGUUGGUGGAAGGGAAAGAACUGAGAAACAGUAUCACAAAUUGGGAAAACUCUCUGGAUUUUCCAAAGUCCAAGUUGCAUGCCGUGCUUUCUCUUGCUUAGGAGUCAUUGAGUUUUAUAAAUAAACAUCACUUUGAAUUUUAAGAUCUAUGUGUUAAGAGGAAAGGGGGAAUAAAGGCCUCUUUGUGAGGUCAAUUGUGUUGCAAUAUACUUUCUUAUUAUAAUUUAUGCUUUCAUGUAAUGUAAUGUUUAUGCGGUUUAAGAUGUUUUUUUUUCUGUAAAAGUUUGAGUUUAAUUGUGAUUUUGAGGAAGAAUUUCUUCUUUAUAUAUAAUAAAAUUGCAUGUUGUAA